CCAGACAAUUUGAGGGUCUCUCCCUCCCCAUUAUUGGUUUAUCAUUAGGCAUAUCUAUAAAUGCAGACCAACCGCCCAAAAGUGACUGUAGUUAACUGGCAUUCCAGUCACUGAACUGAUGUUGAUAUGAAAACAUCUGUCUCUUCACACUUGUCGUAUUGAAAAACGAUAGGCCAAAAUGUUCCAUAAAGUAAUGAAUCCAGUGGUGAUACUGAUGAUCGUGUUACUGGUAACAGUAAAUCGUUCAGAAUCCAGGGAGAUCGAUUUUGGAAAGUACGAAAAUUUGGGACACGCAUGGUACAAUGAUCACAACAUAGUGAUGUUUGAUUACACUAAUCUCACGAGUGUCAUCGCCAGUGGAACGACUGCGUGGUACGUGGAAUUUUUCGUGAGCUGGUGUGGACACUGUCAGCGAUUCAGACCCACGUGGACUUCCUUCGCCAAAAGUGUUUCUGGCUGGAGUGACAUUGUCAGGGUAGGAGCUCUUGCCUGUUCCAAUGAUGAUAACUGGUCGAUCUGUGGAAAUUACCAAAUCGAAUAUUUUCCAAAUAUUAGGUAUUUCUCAAUUGAAGAUCAGAGUUUGGGAGUGCAAGUGCACUCACGGAAGGAGACUGGACUGAUGUACGACUUGAUUCGGAAACUGGAAAAUGAUCAACGAGAAGGAAAGGGCAGAGACAAUUGGCCUGAUCUUAGUCCCUACAGUGGCGAAGAUGUUAGCAGUUGGCAAGCAGCCGCACCCCCAUCCGUACAAUAUCAACUUCUUGUCUUCGAGGAGAACAACUCAACCCUAGGCUCCGAAGUCAUUCUCGACUUUCACAAAUGGAAGAACCUUCAAAUUCGAAGAGUAACAGAAGACAAUUUCAAUCUCACCGAAAGUUAUAACAUCACUGCGUACCCCGCUCUCAUCGUUCUUGACCGAGAAGACGAGCCAUAUGAGUUGGAGCUCUUGGAACCCUCUCGAGAAGGCAUCAACCAAGUCAUUAGAGACCUCAUGCAGUCGGCAGGAUUUCUACCGGAUUUCGAAACUACCACAACAAGCAUUGAAAAUGCUUCAGGAGAAGUGGAAGACUCAAAUUUCGUUAAAAAACAUGUAGAAGACCUCGUGUAUAGCGCAGAUUUGGAAGCUGCCCUAGGGUACACUCUCAGAAAAGAAAUUCCCACGACGUGGAUGAUCAAAGACGACCGAUUAGAAGCCCUCGAGGAAUUUUUGAAGGUCAUAUCACAAUAUUUCCCCUUGAGGGAAGGAAACUCGGAAUUUUUGGAUGAAUUGUACCAUGCGAUCUCAGGACGUUCCAACAUAGCAGGAACACAAUUCUCAUUGCUCGUUGACUCUUAUAAGCAGAAGCAUUCUCCUAAUUUCAUGAUGAAUCGGAAGUGGGUUGGGUGCCAGGGCAGUCAGGCCCGGUAUCGAGGAUUUCCCUGUGGUCUUUGGACACUUUUCCAUACUUUGACAGUUAGUCAUGCAGAAGCUUUCGAAAGUGAGGAUCCGGAGAGUCGAUCUGCGGGAAUGGUGUUGAGUGCAAUGUAUGGCUUCAUCAAGAACUUCUUCAGCUGCUCCAAUUGCGUUGAGCAUUUUGUUGAGAUGGCGAAUCGGCGGAAUGUGUUCAACGUAUCCACCGUUGACGACUCCAUUCUGUGGCUCUGGGAGGCGCAUAACGAGGUGAAUCAACGGCUUUCUGGGGAUGUCACUGAAGAUACUGCCUUUCCGAAGAUCCAGUAUCCCAGUCAGGAGGAUUGUGAUAUUUGCAGGUACUCGGAUGGAUCUUGGAACUUACAGGAGGUUCUCAAGUAUUUGAAGUCGAAAUAUCGAUACUCUAAUAUUGUAUCAUCAGCGGUUCGUAUUGAACGUGACAGGCAAUAAUAUAAUGUUUUAUUCCAAAAAAUCCUCAAAAAACCUGCAGAACAUUAAGACCUGCCUUCAAUGAGAAUUGAAGAAUAUUAAAAUAAUUCAUAACAGAAAUUUAUGAUAUGCUACGAACUUUAUGAUUACUUCAUUACUGAGAAAAGCUCAUAAAAUUAACAACAAAUGAUUUUUUGUUAAUAUUGUCAACUCAAUAAUUGAUUGAUACUAUAAUUAGCUAUUCGAAUAAUUAAUUCCCAAUUAAUUCAAUGAUAUAGCGUGUUUUAAGUAAUACAAUUGUUCAUUUAAUAAUUCCAACGUGUGUUUGAUGCUUUUUAACUGAAAUUAUGAAAAGAAACCCUAAAGGACCAAUGCAACGGGCGAUUAAUACAAAUAAAAGAAUUUAUGAUAAUACAAAA